AUGUACCGCGUACAUACGGAGCGUCUCGCGAGUCGAUUUUACCUGUGCUCGCUUGGCGUAGGUGUCGUAGGCUUCGGCUCAUUCUUGUUCCACAUGACGCUAAAGCACGAGGCGCAAUUGCUCGAUGAGCUCCCGAUGAUCUGGGUCGGUACACUCCUGACGUGGUCUAUGCUGGACCAAACACUAUUCUUUGGUUGGCGAGUCAAUAGGCUAAUACUGCCGACGGUCUUACUCUCGCUCGUGGUGUGGAUCACAGUCACGUACGUUACGAACGGGGACCCAGUGUUUCACCAAGUGGCGUAUGCAAGCAUUAUGACGGUCUCGAUCACGCACGCGAUCUUCAUUAUGGUGCAUCCAAACGCGCCGCUGAAUGUAUCUGACUCGUCGCGGAGGAUGCGUGCGGACGCACGCCGCCUGGAGCGUCAAGGCACUAUUAGUUUCAUCGUCGGUUUUGCCAUCUGGAAUGUGGACAACAUUUUCUGUGGACGCCUGCGCGCAGCACGCGACGUUGUUGGAUACCCAUGGGCCAUGCUCCUCGAAGGCCAUGGUUGGUGGCAUAUCUUCACUGGAAUCGGUGCAUACUUGCUCGUCUUGGCUUGCGAAGUGAUUACAAUGUCGUACAUGGAGCAUCCAGACAACUUUGUCAUGGUAUACUCGAUGUUACCAUACCUGAAACGUGUGAAACCAUACAAUCCAUCUCACACUCUGCUGCGUGACUUUUCUGCGAAAAAGCAGCCACUGCAAGACGCGGGCACGAAGAAGCAAAACUAA